GGAAUAUUUGACAUGACUAGGUCAUUUAAGUAGUGAUUUUUGAAUAAGUCGCACGGUGAAUCUGAGUUUCCAUCUAUCUAGUGAACGUUAUUAACGUAUGACUCCUUGAUGUCGUCUAAGGUUAAAGUUUUUACUCUUGAAGAUGUCAGAAAACACAAUAAGCCAGAUGAUCUUUGGAUUGUGAUUCACGAUAAAGUAUACGAUUUGACAAAGUUCGCGUCUGAGCAAUUACUAUAGUAGGACAUAUAACUCGAGUCUAAGUUUUACCAUACUUACUUUGAUAGAAAUCUGCUGUUCUUUAAGUUGAAUGUAGAACAUUCUCCAUCUCCGGAUUUCGGGGAAAGUUUGGGUUUUUCCCGGAAGUCAUGUUAAGAUUCGUAGUUUAGAAAAAGCCGGAAAUCCCCCCAGAAGUUUUGGGGAUUGUCCCUAAAUAACUUUAAAUUUUAUGGAGAAACCCCAGACUAGGGGAACUUUUGGGGUUUUUGUCUCAUUUUCCCAAACCUUCCUCACAAUCGGGAGACUGGAUCGAAAUAUGAAGGCAUCCAGGGGGUGAAACUGUAUUAGAACAACAAGCGGGAGAUUAUGGUACCGAACCAUUUGAAGAUGUAGGACACUCAUCAGAUGCUCGCGAAAUUAUGGAGCAGUACUAUAUAGGCGAUAUAGCACCUGCCGACCGUGAACGAAAAAGUAAAUUCACCUCUUCAUUCACACUAAAGAAAGUAGAUAAUUUUAGAGAUGAUGGAAUUUAAUUGAAUAAUGACAUAAUCAUUUACUUGCACUGGUAUACCUUGCCAUUUGAUAAUACCGUAGUAAAAGCCUUCACCAGAUGGUCUGGAUUACUUAUUCCAAUUGGUGUUGUAGUAGUAGCGAUCAUUGUGUAUAAAUGUUUCUUAUAAGUAAAUUGUUAUCUUUCUGUGUUUUUAUCUACCUGUAUGGCUUUCCUCUGUGUUUCUGUGUGCUCCCUGUGAUUUUGCUGUAGAUCUUUUCUUCUGUUCAAUAUUGGUCCGUGUAUUUUCUUGUUGGAUUUUUUCCUCUGGUUGAAUAUUUGUUAAUAUGUUUGUCAUAAUAAAUGAAGAGACAAUCAGCAGUUUUUUACAUGUCUGAUAACUUCUCUUUUGUUUUAAAGUUUAUGUGUAUGCAUUGUGUACGAGUACAUGUGUGUGUGACUGGCUGUUUGUUUUAGAGUACAUAUGAACGACAAACUCGAAACUACUUUAGUGCAAAAAUUUGCAGUUAUUCGUAAUAUUGAUUUGUAUAUAGGAUUUUAAGGAUUUGUGCGAACCUUUGACGUCUUGUGUUCAACAGUAAUUUACUUUAGUCUAUGUUCUAACAUUCACGAUAGAAGUGUGUCUAAAUGUGACAAUGCAAUGAAUAUUGAUUUUAUUUGAUCUUCUGUAGAUAUAUAGAGACAAGUACAAACCUAAAACUAAUUGUUAGUGCAUUUUAUAUGUCUGUUUCUGCAUUAAACCACGGAGCGAAAAAAUUCAAAUUUGGUAACCUCUUUAUAGUCAUGCGUUUGAAGAUUAGGUGAUUUUUAGAAACUAAAGAUCAUAGAUGGCUGGAAGUAAUCUCCGGGAAACUCUAGACCUAAGUUUUAUGCUAGUUAGGACUUGUUAGGAACGAGUAUGCUCACCCUUAUGGGAACUGAUUCUCUACAGCGUAUAACGUUACUACCGAGUUAUUCAGACCGAGAUGUUUGUCAGCGGCAAUAUAUGUAUAUAUAUGAUAAGUAAUGUGCUCAAUUACGUUUUGAUGAUUUUGGCUUUUUGAUCUAGGAGUUAAUUCUGUUUUAUUUUUGAAUUUGUCGUAAUGCGAUUUGGCAGAUAAAACCAUAACUAAUCGCUUUAGAAAUAAAUAUCACCAGAAAGUUAUGUAGACAGUAGUGGAGUCAACUUUUGCCCCGGUUGUUUUUACCUCUGAGUAACAUCAAAGUUUAGAUUCUGAUCAUUAUCGUGAAUUUUCCCUAUAAUCCUAAGGAACUUGAUAUAGUCAGCGAAUCAUUUAGAGAAGGGCCAUACAAAAUAGUUUACAAUAAUUUAAGUAACUAAAGUAAGAUCAUGCACUAGUAAUAAAGACAUUGAAAAGUUUGGUUUAAAUAUUAACACGACUUAAGUAGAUUUCAUUUUUUUAGAGGUACGUUUCUCUUUUCCUGCAAAUAGACUAGAACUAUAAGACGAUCGCCAUUGAUUUAAAUUGAGUCAUAUCUGAUAACCUGUAAAUUCAUUGAUUUGCGCUAUUUCUGGGACCUUAUUAAAGGAGUCGCUAUGAGUCGACAAAUGCUAUUACAUCACAACUAUCCUUUAUGUCACAAUAUCAUUUAUAAACUUUCCUUUCUGUUAUUCUCUACACAUUCUCAGAGUUAGCCGCAAAGUGAGUAUACUACAUUUAAAAAAACUAAAAAUAAUUUUCUCGAAAACACGAUUUCUACAUACAUGAUUCGAUGCACACACCAUAACUCUUAUCACUACUAGCUUACAAGACUUUUAACUUAAAGGUUUUAUACAUAGAUUUACCAAAUUCUUCUCAAUUCAGGUCUGACAGCAAAUAUUCUAAAAAUAUGAAAUUAACUGAACUUUUAUACCAUGGAAAGCGUUUACGUCAUGAUAAACUCCAGUUCAUGACUAAUCGUUAUUGGAAUAAAAAAGGUUCAUAUUUGAAGGUUUCCCGUUUACGUUUUCCCGAAGAAGUUGCGAAUAGUCCAAAUAAUCCUUUAAUAAAAGCAGAAAAUAUGUUUAAAUCAACCAGAUAUGAUGAUGCACUUUUGAACGAAAUUGAAAUGGGAAUUACUGCAGAUGAAGCUAAACAUUUAGAGCAACAGAAAUCCGAGAGACUUCAGUGUUUUCAUCCUCUCUUCGGAGAUGUCCGCUUUCACCAAGAUUGUGAACCAUCACUAAUAUUUUCUAGUAAACGACGUUUCUCAAAGGGUGUAGAUCAAGCUAGUCUUCUAACAAAUACUGUUGUUACAUUGGGUGCUCCACCGACAUUAAAUAAUCUCUUUGAUAAAAUUGAUGAAUUAAAUAAACUUGUUGAUACAAACAAGCCAAUUGCAGAUUGGAGAUCUUCCUUACGUUUAUCUGUGGAACGGUCAAUUCUACAUGCUCAUGUUUGGCAAACGGAUGAAACUAAACUGCCUCGUCGAUUUCACCAACAGUCAAAUGUUUGGAAACAUAAGCCUGAGUAUGGAAUCCAUCCGGAACAGAGUACUCGUUAUUUGUUCCACAAUCUAUUUCGUAUUUUGGAAUUUCAAGCUCCUAAUUAUAUGAAUUAUAUUGGCCUAACUCCUAUCGAAAAUCCGCUUUCCGAUAGUUUGCCUUUCCGCUGGACCACACGAGAUCGUCUGUUAGAAACAUUCUAUUAUUGGGGUCCAGAAAAACGUCGUAUCAGUUUUUCAGAACAACAUGAUUUGGUAGUUAUGGGUCAGAUGCCAGCCCCUCUCUUUCUGAAUAAUCAUGAUACUAUUCAAAAAUUCAGUAAUAUCGCUACAUUACCAGUUGCAAGCUUUGGUCCUAUGUCACCUUUAAUUGAUCUUACCAGUACUUUGUAUUAUCGUGAAGACAGUACUAAUGGAUGGCUUGAAAGUCAAGUAAGUUGAAUCUCAUACCUUCUGAUCUAGUCUGAAACAGUUUCUGUACACCUUUGUUUGAGCUGGUGCUAUCUUCAAAAUGUAAUCUUCUUUUUAUCGUGAAGUUCUUCAUUACAGGUAUGAAGCUGUGAAACACUUUCCUUUAGAACAUAUAUUAUACCUGCUUAUUAACUCACCAUAAAUUGAAAUGCUUCAGUAUUUCUUCAGUUGAAGUGUGAGUUCAGUGCAAAGUAAAUACUACAACCUUAUAAAUAAAUAAUAUAUUUGUAACAUCCAAGUGAGUAGAAAAACUAGAUUUUCUGACGUAACCAAAGGACGCGCAGUGGAGAAGGCGUGUGAACUAGCUCCGUUUAAUCAAGCAAUAAUCAAUAUUUAUAUCCAGAUAAAAAUAAGUUACAGACAUGUGAUGAAUAGGAUAAGAAGUGUACACGCAUACGCUCAUAUAAAAACAGUCAGGGUUGAAAAGUGAAUAAUUAACAAAGACAAAACGCGACUCAAGUAGAACGGAUAAAUUGGCUUGUUCAGAAGCUAGAAUAAGUUAUAUGGCCUUAACAUAGCGACGACACUACAAACAUUCCGCUCAGAUAAAAUCUAUUCAAUGUCUUUUCAAUCCAUUUAUUAUAUUUAUCUAUACAUUAAUACAUAUUAUAUAUUUAAUUAAUAUGUACAUGGGUGUGACAUUCUGUAUUAGAAUAGAAAAGUUGUCCAAUACUCUAUGGUUUUUCAGUGCCUUCCUUGACAAUUGUCAGUUAAUGAUAUAGUUUGUUCUAAAUAAUCUAAGCAUUUUGUAAAAUAACCUUAUGUUGUUUCCUCAUUUUGCUAGGUAGAUAGAUCAUUUUUAUUCUUUACUGAUUCAUGAUUUCAGUAACACAUAAAGCAAAUUACCUAUUCAGAGAUUACUUGCUAAUUGAACUGAUUUGAAUUCGUCAGUAAGCAGAAAGUAUGAAAAUGUCUAGUUAGUAAAAGAAAUGUAGUUUUUAUGGUAUAACUCAGGCGGAUAGGGUUCGUAGUGUAGCAUUCUUUACGUUGAAUAGCUUCAUUGAGAAGCUGACAUUACUAUUCUUAGGAAGUUUGAAAUCUGUAAGAAUAAUACUAAUGUAAUUAUUAUAGAAUAUGUUAGUCAAUAGAAAAAAAUAAUAUCAGUUUUUUUAAAGUGAAAUCAUGAGCCGAUCAAUGUUAGACCACGAUUGAAAACCUGGAAGCACUGGACGGUUAUUUCGUUUUAGUAAUGGACUCUCUAACAAUGCACAUCAGUGAAUAGCUUUGAGAGGUAGUGUAAGCCACUUUUUCAGAGAAUAAUUAACCAAAUCAAAAUAAUUCCGAGUUUAAAUGGUACAACGGAACAAGAAGUAUAUUCUUGUUUACUAUUUAUUUAUAACAAUCUACCCAAUGCUCAAUUUAUUCGAAAUUAUCACGUCAAACCUUGGGAAUGAUACCUACUACAACCUUAUGUUUUCAAGACGUGACAUGAAUUCACGAAGUUGUUUUUCCAAAUCGAUGAUAGAAGUGUAAACAUAUUAAAUAUAAAGAAUCCAUAUAUGUAGUUUAAGGUUCACAUCAGAAGGAUAAGAUCAUUUCGGUUUUUCUUUUACAUCUUUCUGUUUUAGACUUAUUUCUAUACCUUCUUAGUGUUAACAGAGCGAAUAAAGUUACUGGACAUUGACCUGUAUCAUUUUAUAACUAGGCUAGCUAUCAGCCAAAAGACAAUUCAAGUAUGGGAACUGACAGUUUAUGUUCUUAAAUCAGUUCAUCAGAAUGGUUCCUGUAAUACUCCAGUUUAUUUAAGGGAACCGAAGUACGAUUGAUUGUAUAGUUGUGAUUCGCCUUAUAACGAUAGUUGUCCACAAAUCAACCAUAAAUGGAGUAAAUGUAAACAAGGUGAAUGUAUAGAAGUAAUCGGUAAGAAAAGUGAUAAGAGCAUCCGAGGCACUCUCUGCGUGUACGGAGCAUUUUCUUCGUGACCAGAAUAGCAUCUUUCCCGAACCUAAUCUUUUCUGUCCAGCUUGGGUCCAAUGUAUUUCAUUGAUUCCGAGCAGCGCCAAAUUGUUUCUUCUCAUUUCCAUAGCUAUUUGAUUAGUCCUUCCGGUCUCCCAUAUUGUUCGGACAUUCCAUGUACCUAUACUAACUGUUGCUCCGGUUGUUAGAUGGACAUCGGCCUCGUGACUUCCGAAUAAUCUCGGCUUUCAACAUGAGGCCUCAUAGUUCUUCUGAAUGAAGAUCCUUCAACUCAGAGGGAAAAGUUUAAAUAGUUUGAAAUGUUUAUUCUGGUCAGCGUUUUUUUUUAGCAAGGUUGUUUUCUACGGGAUUGGGUUGUUGAUCCUAUGCCCAACCCCCUUCUUUUGUGUGGGCUUGGGAUCGGCAAUAACCCUAGAAGAGCUACAUGCGGAGUUAAGAAAAGUGAUAACUCCAGUCUAUUUGUAAGACAAUCCAGGUCAGUUUCAAGUAAAUUUAUUUUUUGUCAGUGUGGCAUCUAAAGAAGUGGAAGAUUGUUGAACAUCAUCCAGAACCUUAUUUUCAAGAAAGGGAGAUGUUACGACGAAUGACGAUGAGACAUCAAUUUGAUUUCCCUACAAAAGACUUAUGUAUACUUAUCCAAAUAAAUAUGUGCAUUUGUUAGAAAGGUAGGUACCAACCAUACGGUUAUGUAUUAAUUCAGUACUAUGUUCGUCUAAUUUAUGGUUAUUCAAAUUUAACGAAUGAUCGAUUUGAAGUACAUCUCUAUAUCAAUGAGUGUAUUGAUAUAUCAUUUAGAAAAAUCUAGUAUUUUGAUAUGAAAUUAAUAUUCGUUUAUCAUUGGUUUGUCUUUUUCCUUGUACAGGGCCGUAUCACAACGCCCCAGUUCACGAAAUAUGUUUUACAAGUAGUGUAUGUUUGUUUAAGAUGUGUUUGUUGUAUCAAGGCUUUUAUGUUGCAUUUCGGAAUAGUUCGUUACCAUUUAUUUUCGCCGUCGUACUUUAAUCAAAUCUUGUUAUAUAACGAACCUAAGUUUGUAAUUAGUUUUCCAGUCCUUGACUGUGAAAAGAUUUGUUUGUGUCCACUUAUCAACCGUUUUAUAUGAUCAUGAUAUCUGAAACUAGGAUGUCAGAUGCUUGGGAAUUGAUCUUUACCUAUAUUUCAAUUUUAGUUACUUAUAAGUAAUGUAUUUUGUUUUGUUUUAAUAUUAUUGUCCUUUUUAAACAUCAUUUAGGUUUAUUUUACUACAUGUGACUAUUAUUAUUAGUACGGCGUUUUGUAGAGCUUGUUGAAUUUCCAUAGUUUAGAUCACUAACUAAUAUUCUUAGACCAUCACUGAAAAUUCUGAAGUACUGGGUGGCUGUUCUGCUCUAGAAUUGGAUUCCUCUGGAGUGCCCACCCACGACCUCGCUACAGGGUACUGAAGCCCGAACCUUCGGUCUCGCGUGCAAACGCUUAACGUUUAUACCACCGAUUCAGCAUCUAAUGUUAUUAAUGUCAAACUUAAAUCAUUUCACGACAUUUUGCAACCCUCACCAACUAUCUGAGGUGGACGAGUCCCAUACUAGGAUAAAAAGGACGUCCACUACUUCCACGUAUUCAAUAGUGUUCUAACUAGAAUCAGAUCAGUUAGUGACUUAAAUCAUGAAUGUAACUAUUAUUUUUGACUUAUUUUUACAUAUUGAUUCACAACUUUAUAGUAUUACUCCCCACUAAGUACGUAAGUUGUCUCACGGUUUUGGUGGCUUCAAAAAGUCGUUCAACUUCUAUGAUAAAGCACUAGUCUAAAUUCACUUCUUAAUCAAAAAGGCUAAAAAUCACGAAUUUUACUGUCAUUGAAUAAUAAUGAAGAGAAUUUAGCGAAAAAGAUUUUCUUUUCGACAAAAUUAUCUUAAGUCGUACAUUCGUUUUUGUAGUUGUAUGGUAAAAAUCUUCCUAUAGAAGGAUAAGAAUGAUUGUAUCAUAAAGUGAUUGGAGACUGCAUGCUAAAACGAUAUGUCCGACCUCUCAUCCUAAAUCCAUUCUGUAGUAUGUUUUGGUCCUGUUUUUCUUUUAAAUUGAUGUUCUAAUUUUAAAUCGUUAUCAGUUAUUAUUAUCCUUUAACAAUUUUUCAUGAUUAUUUUUGAGUUAUUAUGUUUUUCAUUUUCCUGCAUAUAUAUCAAGCGGACAAUUAUCUUUCAUAAUUCCGACCCGUACAUUAUUCUCAUCCUUAUAUUCUCCCCUAACCCUCUGAUUAUUACGCACCCUCGUUUGAUAUUUGGAGUCUCCAGUCACUUUAUGAUGCAAUCUUUUUUAACCUUCUGUAGAUAUAUCUUUAUCAUAUAACUAUAAAAACGAAUGUACAGCUUAAGUAGAUGAUUUCGUCGGAAAGAAAAUUUUCUUCGCUGAACUGUCUUUAUUUUCAUUCAACAACAUAAUGGGUUAUUUGAAUUUUACCGUCUUAAAUAGUUUUUGUUGAUCAUGCAUUACAAUGUUGUACGUCAAAAUGAUUAUUUAGUCAAAUUAGAAUCAUUUACUUCUAAAAUAAUCGGAAUCGACUUUUUUUAAAUUAAAAAGAUUAUCUUUAACUAGUUGUAGAAUUUUCGAACGCAACCUUUAACUUAAUAAAUUAUAUCAUUGUGAACUAAUUUCAUUCAUGAAAAAUUUGUGAAACGUGUAUUAAUCUCAGAAAGGGGUUUUUGUGAAUAUUAUAGUAAUUUUAAUAGUUGAGUCCAUGAGUCAAUUGGAUGCACACUGCUAAGGAAUCCCACACUAGAACGAAACGGCCGUCCAGUGUUUCCAGGUUUUCCAUGGUGGUCUAGCUCCAAUUGACUCAUGAACUCAACUAUUUAAACAUGCAUUAGACAAGCUUUUUUUAUUUUGACAAAUUUAUAACUGUUUGAAUUCACACAAAUUCCUGUCUUAAAAUUAUCUAUUUUUCCAGUAGUGAAUUUACUUUUAAACAACUUCAUUAAAUACAAAUUUCAAUGGUUGAAUAUAUUUGAACAUUUCAUGAAACAGUUUCUAUAUAUUUAUUUUUAUUUUCGGAUACAGACUACUUUCUAACUAUACUGUUUUUAUAAGCCAAGAUGUAUAGUGGCUAGCAGUGGGAUCCAGGACGCGCGUUUCGUCCUAUUUGGGACUCUUCAACUGAAUGUACCUGCAUCUCAGAGUUGAUGUUCACUCCACGACCCGAACCCAGUACCGUUUACUUUAAACGCCAUCGCGUUAUCUACUUAGCUACUGAGUCCUGAUAGCCACUUGCUUGUGCAAUGGGGUGAAGUCUAAGUCCACUUGGUAUUAUUUACUUAAAUCUUCCCAUUGAUGUUUAGGACUGCAAUUGAUCGGUCUUUUAUUGGCAUAUAUUCAUACUGUGCGUAUUGCCUCAAUUCACAAGCUUUAUAAGCAAUAAGAGAGUGAUUAAUUGCAGUCCUAAACAUCAAUGGGAAGAUUCAAGUAAAUAAUACCUAUUGAAUUUAUACUGUUAUUAUAUUCAAUUAGUUACUUUGACAAAUUUAAACAAAAUAAGAACAAUUUCAAAUUUGAAGAAAAAGUGAUUUAUUUAUCCAAUGAAGAGUAAAUUUUUUUAAAAUGUAAAUAAAGUUAAGAGUUAGAGUUUUAAACCGAGUUUCCAUAAAUGUUUAAAGUGAUAAUUCUAGAGUGUUUUAAACAAUUUUUAUUACGUAAUUAUCACAAAGAAAUGUAACAAGAUUAAAAUUGAAUAAGACUUUGAAGUUGAACUCGUUGAAUUUUGGUUGUAAAUAAUCGAAGAAUAAGAAUAUAUUUAAAUGAUUGUUACCAUGGCAAUGCACAUUAACAACUGACUUUUUGAAUACAAAGCUCGGAUUUAAGACUUCUAAUUCCCAUUGUUUUUACGAAUUUCAAUAAGGCAAAAUUGGAUUGUUUGUUGAUCACUUUGAAUGCAUUUAUUACACAAACUCACUUUAUAAUAUCUUACAUGUGGUAUGUUAUCGAACUUAAAGGACCGAUUUAUUUUCAGAGAUACGCUAAAUAAAACAUGUAGAAGUUCAUCUUCCUGUCGUUCUACUGAAAAUGAAUCAAUCGAGCUAUACUUGCUGGAACAACCGUUCCCCAAGGUAAUACCAUGUCAGACAGGUUGGUUGAUGAACAGUAAAACUAAAAGCACCAAACCCAAGGUCCCAAGACGAAGUCGUACUGCUGACUGUACAGAGGUGUGACGGCAGUAAGGUGUUUCCUUUAGACAACGAGCAUAACAGCGAUUCUGCCUCCCCACAACGAGGGGUGAGGUUAGGAAGGGUCGAUCCUAAAAAUGUACACAUCGCUAUAUCCUACUGAAAUCCGUCUCCAGCGGUAAUGUCUCAACAAGUACGGAGCUAACACGAAAAUUACCCACAAAAAGGGUCGUGUGUGACUGACCUCAAGCAGUUGUCCUCAGGCACUGCGGUCACGCUCCCAGGUCACUAAGACCACCUCUAAUCCAAUUGCCUUUUCAGGUACUUCCAGAAGAACCUUUCUAGGAUGUGGGCAACCGGGAUGUGGUAACUGCCCUCAUAUCUCUAACAGCAUUAGCAUCGUGUUGUGUACAAUGAAGACAGUUAUGCUAAAAAGAAUUUCUUAAAUUUGCAUUCAGUCUUCGAUUAAUUUUAUUUUUGCUUUGACCUGGUAAUUCUUAAAUAUUGUAGAAAACCCUGCGUAGAAAUUUAACUCUUAACUUCAUUCACAUUGUAAACAAUUUAUCCUUUAUUGAUAAGUAAUUCAUUUUUUCUGCAAACUUCAAAUUAUGUUAAUAAGUCGAAAUAACGAAAGUUAUUAUUUUGUAUGUGAUUGAAUCGAAAGCGAAGAAAUACAAUAAAUUCAUAGAAUUCUGCAAAUUAUUUUUUUCUCAUGUUUGAUGGACAGAAUUCUCAGAAGUAAGACCACUUUGAAAACCAAAUAAAAAGAUCAUGGUUUGGUAGGUGGGGAGGUGUAAGGCUCUUAAAAUGAAAAUGAGUUGAUUUGUGUCGGUAUGAUUUAUUUUGAACUUCGCUACUUAAAAUGAUUAACCAUGGUUUAUGAUUAUGUUUCUAACCAUAUUCAAGGAAACUUCCGCAUUUCUACACAGUUUGAAUCAACAGUCAAGACUUCAUGAGCUGAUGUGAAGUCUUCGUUUUCCCUUGCACUUAGCUUUUUUCUACCUACUCCUGCACCAACCGAAUCUGUGAUAUAUAAACAAGUGCAACUUAUGCUUGAAUGAAAAUGUACAACCUCAUCCCAUCUAUAUUCAAAACCUUCCUUCAAACUCAGUUAUACUCAUUAUUUAGUGCUUCCACCUUAUCUUAAUACUUUCAAAAAUAUCAGAAGGGUUUUUGUGGAUAUUAUAGUAAUUUCAGCGGUUGAGAUCAUGAGUCAUUCAAAGCUAGAACACCACGGGAAACCUGGAAGCACUGGACGCUCGUUUCGUCUCAUUAUGGGAUUCCUCACAGUGCUCAUCCACGAUCCCGCCUUACGAGACUCGAACCCAGGGCUUAUCGGUCUCGCGAACAAAAGUAGUGAGAAGUAGUGAUUAGUGAAGUCCAACCUGAUUUGUUGUGAAAUAGUAACUCACUGGAGACAUUGGUGGGUGUGUUGCUCAGUUUCGUGGAUUGAUUGAAGUUAGAUAUUAACACUGUUGGAUGCUGGCUCAGUGGUCUGGAGGUUGGAGACUGAUAGGUUCUGGGUUCGAAUCUCACAAGGCUGGAUUGUGGGUGCGCACUACUGAGGAGUCUUACACGGCCGUCCAAUGCUUCCAGGUUUUUCAUGGUGAUCUAGCUUCAGUUGACUCAUGAUCUGAACCAUUAAAAUUACUUUCGAAAGUAUCUAUUGAUCACCUUACAUCUAAUAAAUCAUGAUUUUUACUUGUUUAUAUUUUUCAGUGACUUCAAGAAAGAAUUUUUUUGGGUGAAAGUUGUUUAGAGUCAUGAAAACAUUUCAUUCAUCAUCACCAUCAUCAAGGCAAAUUUCCUAAUUAUUUAUUACUUCUCACUAAUCGAAAUAAGUCGUCGUUAUGCAUUUCCGCAUAUUUUCACAGUAAAUUUCAGUUUACCAAAUGUUUGGUCAGAUUAUUUGGAGCCAGAAGCGGAUCCUGUUAUCCCUGAACAUCGAUAUGCAAUAGCAAUAAUGAAUUGUUUUGCAUCUGCAGUUGCCCAAGCUCGUUCGAUGGGUAUCAACGAAGGAAUUCUCGAUAAGCCUUUAUGUGUUCAGUGUGUUUGCUCCGAUGGAGUAUAUUUUGAUUUUGUUACAUUUCAGUUAAAUAAUAUGGAUGUACCUGAUUAUCAGCUUAGUCGUAAGUUAGAUCAUACUGCACCCAAAAAUUUUGCUUGGAUUGAUGGAAACUAUCGUUUAUUCAAAAAAAUUAUACCUAAGAAACACAUGAUGCGUAAUACGAAAUAUCGUGAUAUAAAUAUGAGUGUAUUUGAUCGCCUCUCAAGUUACUAUUUAUGUGGAUUGACCAACACUUCCUUUAAUAUAAACGAAUCUUUAAUCCCUGAACUAAAUAUAAUUAACAACCAAAUCCAGGAAUAAAAUAUUAAUUUAUGCAAAGAGCUCACAGAUAAGUUUACAAGUGACAAUAAUUUGUAAUUGCAUUUUUUAAACUUUCUACUUAACACUUUUGUAAAUACCGUGUACUUUUUUCACUUACCUACCUUUUGUUGUAUAAUAAAUAAAUGAUUUACAA